AUGAUUCAAUCUGAAACUACAAAUAUAACUUCGAUUUUUGAAGCGGAAGAAGGAGAAGCCACUAAGGAUCAUAUCCACGAGACCAGACCGUGGUAUAGGGUCUCACACUUGGUGAAGCAUAGAUUCUAUUUCUAUAUCUUUUACUCUGAGCCCACUGGUAAUGUGCUGGGUGCAUUGAGCUCUCGACCAACAUUUGGUGGGAUUAUUGUUUUCUUGUUUGCUCAGUAUCUUCGUGAUAAAUCUGGUAGGAGACCAGUGGCUAUCAUAGGUGAUAACAUUACGGUUAUAGGGGCAGUGCCACGAGGUGUUUCGAGUGAUUACGGACUCUAUUUUGUUUCAAGUUUUGCCAUUGAGUCUGAUUCCGGUUUAGCAGGCAUUGCAAGUCCAACGUUGAUCUCUGAGACUGUGUUUUCUACACAUAAGGCAAGCUAG